ACUUUUGACUGCAGUUACACAGGAAGUGUCGUCAUAUUUGACCUUCCCUGUAGUUCCACCCACGGUUGACAUGUCGAAACAACGGUGAAGUUUAAUCCCACGCGAAUGUGAAACAGUCACCUCUUGAAUGUUUUCGUCACACAGGGUGCUGAGUAAACAGAGGGAACAAUGGUGAAAUAUUUCUGCUGCGCAGGUUUACUCAAAAGUACCUGGGACCAAGUCUGUAUUGCUUUCUGGCAACGAUAUCCCAACCCUUACAGUAAUCAUGUUUUGACUGAGGACAUCAUUUUCCGGGAGGUUACUCCAUCCAACUGCCUGAUUUCCAGGCGUCUGUUGACCAAACAUAGUCGAGCACCUCGCUGGAUGGAAAAGUACCUUCCAAAGCACAUGGCCAGCUCAGCGUACGUCAUUGAGGACUCCAUCGUGGACCCUCAGGAAAGGACCAUGACCACACUCUCAUGGAACAUCAGCCACGCUCGACUAAUGUCUGUGGAAGAGCGGUGUGUGUAUCAAAUUAACCCAGAGAACAACAGUUGGACAGAGCUGAAAAGAGAAGCUUGGAUCUCGUCCAAUGUCUAUGGGCUCUCUAGAGGUAUUCAGGAAUUUGGUCUUGCAAGGUUUAAGACCAGUGUUACAAAGACAAUGAAAGGGUUUGAAUACGUGUUGGCCAAAAUGCAAGGUGAAACUCCAUCAAGAACCUUAGCAGUAACAGCUACAGAGCGGGCAAGAGAGACAGCAAUGGCAGCUAAGGAGAAAGCCAAAGACUUGGCCUCACAUGCUCAAAAGAAACAGUUUGUGUGAUAAACGACUUGAAUCACUGGUUCUGUAGCUGCUGACACUGAGACAGAUUUGUCUUUCCCAUCUUCUCAUCGUUCAGACCAGCAUCAGGGUGAGAUAAACUGAUCCCAGUCCUGGGUAGACACCUCUGUGAGGAAGCAUCCAAAUGAAAUUGGUGGGUGGACCGUAAAAGGCCGAAGCUGGGAUCAAGAGCCUGUUCCAGCCUCCCGUUCUGUACCAUGCCAAAUAUAUCAGACCUUUUCUAAGGAUUAGAUCAUCCCAGUUUGACCUGGAGAAAGAAAGUACUGGUCAAAUUCUUUACGGCACUAGUUGACAUAAAAAAAAAAAAAAAAGAUAGGUCUUUGCCUACCUUGAUACCUUUCCACAGACUUUUGCUCGACCCAUGUGCCUAUCAAUGUUAAUUUGUCAUAUUAUUUUAUUAUAAUUACUUGAUUAUUAAGGUCCAAUUGUCUCAGAAUAUAUAUAUAUAUAUCUAUAUAUAUAAUUAAUGCACUGUUGCGUGAUUUAGUCAUUUAAUUACUUUCAUGUUAUAUUUUUAGUUCAUUAGUUAAUCAUCCUACAACACCAGCUACUUAAUGCUAAGGUUCACUGACUGAAGAAGGGUCCAUGUUGUUGGCAGAAUAAAUGCUCAGCCCUGUUGACAUUGUGGUAUAAUUUGAUUGCAAUGGAAAAUCAACAUCUUCACUUGAAUUUAAAAUGUAUAUUUGAAGUCAAAAUUGUAUUGUACAUUCAGAUUACAUCAGAUGAUACGACCCAUGCGACGCUUUGCUCUUACUUGAUUAAUUAAAUAUCAAAUUGUCAAUAAAUGGACAGUGUUUUUGUAACCA